GGCAUCGGCUGCAGUACGCUUUGGAGGCAAGACUAUAUAAGCAAGGGAUGCGCCCCGAAAGCCAACAGAUGGUCGCUGACUGUGCACGCGUGUGGUUAUCGGAGAUCAGUAAACACCCAAACUAAACGCUGAACAUUAAUGUAAUAAAAACUGUGCACACAAAAAAGAACGAAGAGGGGAAAAUACGUAAUAAUGAAAAUGCUGCCGCACAUUUAUUCAACAUUUUGAUGUGGCAAGCAGGAACGAAGCCGAAAUUCUUUGGAUCGACAAAAAUUAUCUGAAGCAGCGAAUAUAAAUCAGGAAAAUUCCCGCGAGUGCAUUCGGAAUUGCACACUAAAUGAAUAAAUGUUGGCGUCGCAGCCAUAAGAACAACAAAAAUUCACUCCUGUCACACCCAGAUACAAACAGCAAACAGGAGACAGCCAGAAGAAUACGCUCGAGGCACUGGCAGUGGGAGCGUUGGCAGGAAGAUGAUAAUCAGCAUGAAUCAGACAGAAUCGGUGUCCCUGGUUGCUGUGCAGACGCUAAGCGGAUACGCCAGUAGCAGCAACAGUGUCCGGCUUCUCGAUGACCAUCAUCCCCUGGACUAUCUGGACGUGGGAGCGGUGGGAGCCGCCUCGCAUGCUCUCGUCAAUGGUACAAUCAAUGUCACCACAACGGAGUACAACGAGACGGGCAGAGGACCCCUGGACCCGGAGCUUGUCGAACGAUUCCUGAGCAAUCGGGCAGUGGACAGUCCUUGGUACCACAUGCUAAUUAGCAUGUACAGUGUCCUAAUCGUGUUCGGGGCUCUGGGCAAUACACUGGUGGUCAUUGCUGUGGUCCGAAAGCCAAUUAUGCGCACGGCCCGUAACCUCUUUAUACUCAAUCUGGCCAUCUCGGAUUUGCUUUUAUGCCUGGUCACCAUGCCGCUGACACUUGUGGAGAUCCUAACCAAGUACUGGCCCCUCGGCUCCUGUUCUAUCCUCUGCAAAAUUGUCGCCAUGCUUCAGGCACUUUGCAUAUUCGUUUCGACAAUAUCCAUAACAGCCAUCGCCUUUGAUCGAUAUCAGGUGAUUGUGUACCCCACCAGGGACAGUCUACAGUUUGUGGGAGCCGUCACAAUACUAGCCGGAAUCUGGCUGCUGGCCCUGCUGCUGGCCUCACCGAUGUUCAUUUAUAAGGAGCUGCUCAGCGAGGAUACACCACUUCUGCUGCAGCAGAUUGGGCUGCAGGAACAAAUAAGGUUCUGUAUCGAAGACUGGCCGACCAGCAACGGCCGCUUCUACUACUCGAUCUUCUCGCUGUGCGUGCAGUACCUGGUGCCGAUCCUGAUCGUAUCGGUGGCCUACUUCGGCAUCUACAACAAGCUGAAGAAUCGCAUCACCGUCGUCACCGUGCAGGCCUCGUCACAGCGCAAGGUGGAGCGCGGCAGGCGCAUGAAGCGCACCAACUGCCUGCUUAUAAGCAUCGCCGUCAUCUUCGGUGUGUCGUGGCUGCCGCUGAACUUUUUCAACCUGUACGCGGACAUGCAGCGUUCGGGGUCGGGCCCCACCUCGAAUAUGCUCGUGAUAUACGCCAUUUGCCAUAUGAUUGGCAUGAGCUCGGCCUGCUCCAAUCCGCUGCUCUAUGGAUGGCUCAAUGAUAACUUCCGUAAAGAAUUUCAAGAAUUAAUAUGUCGUUGCACUGAAUCCACUAAUGUUGCUCUUAAUGGUCACACGACAGGCUGCAACGUGCAGGCGGCGGCGGCGCGACGGCGACGCAAGCACGGCGCCGACAUCUCCAAGGGCGAGCUGAAGCUGCUCGGCCAUAGCGGCGCCGCACUCUGCGGGGGUGCCAACGGUGGCGAUGGUGAUGCCACAGGUGGUGGUGUGAGCAUGGCUGCCACCGAUUUCAUGACCGGACAUCAGGAAUGUGGACUGCGGAGCGCCAUGACCGAGUCGGUGGCGCUCACCGAGAAUCCCAUGCCCACGGAGGUCACCAAGCUGAUGCCUCGGUAAAGACACACAUGCAAUCCUUAACCGCCCUCUGUUUAAUCCCUUGAUUAACCCCAUUAACUUUAACGCAAAGCAAAGUUAACGUUUGUCGUGCAUGGACCAAUCUUACACCUGAGAUUCUUUUUUGUGUGUUUGUGUGUACUCCAAAAGCUAAUUGGAUUUGCAUGCUCCAAAGAUCCCAUUCUCGCUGAGUGGCUGGCUGGCCAAUUUGGCUACUGUUUCUGCUCCUUUUCUGUUGCAACUUUUCUGUUGCACCCGUCAACUGCAUGCCUCAGAGCUCGUUUCUCCGUUUCUCCAUAUUUUUGCAAUUUAUUUUAUUGUAGCCCUGACAAGCUGAAUGUCGAAGUUGCAUGUGGCAGUUGCCGAGUGUUGUUGGAAUGGUGUGACGUUAUUGGUUUUAAGUAGCAAUCGAAUAUGACUCAACAGUUUAUGGACAUUUACAGUUUGGAACAAUACUAAAUUGCAUUUUGCAUAUGUGUACUUGUACUCCAUUUCCUCCUCCUUCCGACUUGUGCAAUCCCAGGCCCCGCGGAGCAGCGAGAGCCGUGAGAAUCGUGUGAGUGAUGCGACGUAUGUACGACGAGUUGCUUCCCAGUUCGUUUUUAGAAUUUACAUGAAUACGAUAUAUUGUCCAGUGAUCCAAAGCCAAGCUGAGUUAAACUUAAGUUAAGACAGACAACGAGGAGAAAUCACUACUGACCUAUGUAUAUGAUAUGUACAUAUAUAUCUAUUCCUAAAUCAUCACCUUCCGUAUCACGUUCAUUGACAAAAAGACUUAGUCUAGUGACUAUUUUGGUUGAUCAUUUCCAUAUCGAAUUCCGAAAAGUAAUUGAUUGAGCCCCCAACUGAAAUUCGGGAAUUUGAUAAGUCGAUAAUAAGUUCCCAUUAUACAUACAGUUCCUAAGAAGCGAUCUAUUGUGUUUAACCCUCAUAUUUUCGUUUCCCCUCAGAGACCUCGAUACCUUUUCGAAUAAGCUAGCCAUAAAUACAUAGCUCAUACAUAUACUAGAUGUGAAGUGUGUCAUUUUCUAUAAA